AUGCCGUCCUCACUCCUCUGGAAGAUCCAGACCGUUCUGGUCGACCUCGCACAUACGCCCAUGCUUCCACCUGCUCCAGUGCCACCAUGCGUCGAACUCACCCCGGUCUCUCCCUCCUUUUUCUCCCAGCGCUCGCCAUCCUCGCCACCCAGCGCCACAAGCAGUUUCGAGAUUGACGCAGAGGCCGCACCGGCCGUGCGCGAUAUGAUCGCUGCUGCUACCCGGGAUACGCUCGCGUAG